AUGUCAUUUGAAUGGUUGAAUAUUCCAGGUCUAAGCACAGCAGAUGACUCUGGUAGUACUGGCUCUAGUGUAUCCCAGCCUCCACCUAGCGUUUCCUUCAACUUUGGUGGUCCAAAUGUAGACCACCUUCAGCAGCCAAAUCCUACACUACACAGUCAAUCUCAAGGUUCUAUUGGUGGACAGGGGCACAAUACUGAUGGUUCAAAUGGUUGGGGUGGUAAUCACCAUCCCUCAAUGGGAAAUGGUGUUCAGUAUCAGAAUGGUCAAUAUUCACAACAGUUCCCACAGCAUUACCCACAGCAGCAUCCACAGCAGCAUCCACAACAGCAUCCACAACAGUACUCGCAACAUUACGCACAACAGCAGUAUCCCCAACAGUAUUCUCAUUAUCCUUCACAACAAAAUCAGGGUGGUUCUCAUGGGCAGGCAGGUCAAGUUAUUCAAGAUGAUUAUAGAGAAAGCCCAGAAGAUCUUAGGGUGCCACUAUCACUCUCCCACUCUCAGCUCACCAAGGAAGAAAUUCAAACUUAUUUGAGAUGGUAUACCUAUAUUACCGCCAGAACACACGUCAAAUUAGUAAGAUUGGGAGAUGUGUUUAGAUUUCUCUGCAAUUUUAGGCUGUCAGAACGAUUGAAGGCAAGAGUGACAUCCAUUUUUAGGACUUGCAAGAAUGCAUUAAACAUUGGACAAUUUUUUGCGGUUCUGAGGCUAAUUUCCAAAUCUCUACUGGAAGAUAUUCUGCCUGAAAGAAAGAUGGUCCUAGAUAAGGUCCCCGUACCAAAACCUAGGCCAAUUUUAUGUACUGAUUCUAAAGGGGAAACCUAUGAGGAAGUGGAAGAAGAAAAUGGGGAAGGUGGUGAUAAAGUAGAUUUUGAUUCAUUUGCAUCAAUGUUACUAACAGGUAAUAAACCCGGUAAGAAAAGACUAAGAAGGAAGGUAGUUAGUUCAACGCAUAGAGAUAAAAGGGUUAGAUUUUCUGAAAAUGUUACAUUUCAAGAUCCUCCUAGUGAGAGUGCAGAUGACUCUAAUGGAGCUGCACCAGUUGAUGACGAAGAUGACGUCGUCGAUUUUUCGUUACCAAUGGAUCAAUUAUUGAAGAGGAUGGCUAAAAAGAAGGAAAGAAACUCUGCCCUUGUCUCACAAUUACCUAACGAGCAACACGAAACUGAAGAGGAGAAGGAGGUUUUAGAAGAUAUGAAAGAUUCUCUUUCACAUUUCAAACAAAUUCAGACUCCAGAUAUGCCUGGUGUUUCAGAACAAAUGGCAUCAGGAAUUAUUCCCAGUACUACUAGUAUCAAUACUCCUAACGGUGGUAAUGAUGGCCAGCAGCCUCAACAAAUCCCCCUACAGCCCUUAAAACCAACUUCAACAGGUUCUGCCAACUAUCUAUUUAAAUCAGCAUUCCAGCCAAAAAUUACUGGUGGUGAUUCGUCUGGAAAUGGUAGUCAGCAAGAUCAGACAGAGUUACAACCGCUGAAACCAACAGCUACUGGAUCUGCUAAUUAUUUGGUUCGCAGUCAGUUUGAUGCUCAAAUACAACCUCAGCACUCUCAACCUCAGCAGCACCAACCUCAACCACAGCAACAGCAACCUCAGCCACAUCAACAGCAACCUCAACCACAGCAACAGCCACAAUCACAGCAACAACCUACUACUGGCGGUCUUCCACUACUGAAGCCUACCGCUACAGGUUCGGCAAAUUACUUAAUGAAAUCACAAUUCGAUCAGCAGCCAAUAGGUGGAUCUGAACCGCGUCUGAGCCCAAAUACAAUAGCAAGUCCUGCAAUCAGUCCAGAUAAGGUUUCAUCGCCUCAAAAUACAAAUCAGUACAUGAAUUUAAAUCAGCCUCCCAAAAAUCAACAACCGCUUCAGUACCAACAACCUGUAUUGCAACAACAGACGUCCCCACCCCCAUCCCAAUAUCAACAACCAAUUUUACAACCACAGAGCUCCCCGCAACCUCCUAAUCCCAAUUUGUUGGCGGCACCGAACCCUGCUCAGAAUUAUUUCCAAUCAUUGUUAUCACCUUCACCUUCACCUAGCCAACCUAAUUUAAACGUUCCUGGUGGACCUAGCAAUUUAAAUGUGCCUAAUGUUACUCCCAGCCCGAGCCCUUACAUAUCUUCACCAAAUUUAUCUUCUCAACAAGGAUCAACUCAACGACAACAGCCUAUUAUGUACAAUAAUGGAUAUCAAUAUCCUUCCCCCAUUCACCCACAGCAAUCUUCACAGCAGCAACCUCAAUACUAUGGCACCCCACAACAACAGAUGCAGUAUUCUCAACAGAUGUAUCCGAAUAAUAUCUCACCAAUGCGUGGUCAAAAUAAUUAUCCAAUGUCGACACCUAGUCAAAAUUAUGGUAAUCGUGGUAAUAUUCUGGGUGAUUUGCAUAGUUUACAGCAGCAAGUGGAUGCUCUACAAAACGUAUACGGUCGUCGUUGA